AUGGUUCCAAAAACCGUUGAAAAAGGUUUAAGCCUGGAAAAUAGGAAACCUAAAAAUACAAAGUCAAGAAAUGGGUGCUUGACUUGCAAAAAGAAAAGAUUAAAGUGCGAUGAAACAAAGCCCGAGUGUCAUAACUGUCAGAAGAAGAAUUUAAUCUGUGGUGGGUACGCUACGAACUUCAAAUGGAGGUCUUUCAAUAAUGGUACCGAUAUAUCAGGCUCUGAACUGCCUAAACUAAGUGACAAGUCUAUGCAUAAGAAGAGGCUGUUAUCGAACGACAGCUUUACGAAUGAUGGCGAUCAUAAAAGGCGUCUGCAAGACGAAAUAUUCAAAAAGCAGCUGGAAUUAGCAUCUUUAUCCGUUACAGGAAAGACUAUUAAUGAAAUCAAGUUUCAAAAUGACUUGAUAGCUAAAGGCAUGAACCCCAACAGUUAUAAAUCAGAAGAAUCAAAGUAUAGACAUAGGAAUGACAUUUUAGAGCAAAAACCUGGACAAAAGCAUUCCAAAUCAAAACGCAGUAUUAGCUUCACGGAGGGGGGAGACUAUGGAAGUCACCGCUCUCCCUUGCAUCGCACGUUUAGUACUGGGUCACCCUCACGUUUUGAUCUUCGGAAUGAGAUUCGAAAAAAUAAUGCAUUAGAUUCGUUGGCAGAGGCAGCUGUCGACGUUAUAAAGGGCCGACCUUCGAGUGAGCAACAUCUGUUCUCAAAGGAUGAGGUGCCCCCUCCACCGAUGUCUUUUUCUCCUAUGUCGGAUUAUUUACCCAUUAAAGACGCGACUGUGUCGAAUUACUUGAAUAGCUCACCUAAGGAUACAGAAAUAUCUAACUCACCAGGUGCACUUACAAAAAUUUCAAAUGAAUUUGUUCAAGAUCUAAACUUGACCCCAUCAUUGUCUGCUAUAAUUAAUUUUGCAUUCACCAAUGAGGAUCCAAAGAACAAUUUGGGGCCUGAAAUGAAAAUGAAUUUUGACUUUCCCUUGAGUCCAUUAAACCUUUCAGAUGCGGACCUUCAACAAAAUGGAACUCUUUUAACUGCGACGGCAACUGCAUCAGUAGGUGAUUCGCAUCACACUCAUACGGAAGAUGAAUUUCCAAAUGGAAGGCUUACCUUUUUGAAUGAUUCACAGUCUCCAGCUUCAGGAUUAGAUUCUAUUUCCCCCUCUCCAUAUUUGCAUGGCAAUAAGUCUUUAAUGAGGACCUCAGAACAGGAGCAGAUCUUGUACUUAUAUUCAAGACAUACAUGUGCAAUUAUGUCAAUCAAGAAUGGACCCAAUGAGAAUCCCUGGAGAAGAAUGAUUAUCCCAAUAGCAACAAAUUAUCCUUGUCUUUUCAAUUCUUUAGCUUCCAUGACGUUGUUUCACUUAGCUGGAAACAGUCAAAGUAAACUGAUAAGUCAAAGCCUACGAAACAGAGGAUAUGUGUAUAUGAAAAAAUGUAUAUUAGAGUUGGCAACUAAUUUAUCGAAGGCGAGGAAGGAUUCUGAUGAAUCACAGGAUUUACCAGCUGAUAUAGCAUUAACAACAUGUUUGAAUCUUGCUGUAAGUGAAUCAUGGGAUACGCAUACAUCGAGCGGAAUAGCGCAUUUGAAGGGUGCAAAAAGUAUGAUUCAAAAGGUUCUAACCAUCUUGAGAAAGAACCAGCAAGAGCUCGUUGAGAAAACUAAGGAAAUCAACAAGUCACCUGGGACCCCAGAGUACGGUGAAUUAGUACAAAGAAAGCUGAAAGAAUUACAAAAGAGCCUCGUACUUGUUCUGGAUCAUGAAUGGGAGCGUGUAAUAGAAGACAACCGUAUUAUUAGUUGUGAUAAUGAUGAAAAAUCUGGAGAAGCUUUCAAAUCGAGUGAUGCAGGAAAACCCGAGAACUGUCUUGCAAUCCCUGAAAGCUUGCAGUUUUUGUUUAACAUUUGGAUUUAUUUUGAAGUUUUGGCUCAAAUGACAACAGAUUCAAAUCAAGAUGACAAGGGGAUUGAUUUAGUGGCAACAAUAACAAGGAUCGGACAGACCCAAGAUGAAAAGAAGAUGCUUCAAACAAAAUUUGGUGGUGAUUCUAAGGAGUAUAAAGGUGAAAGGUCUCCGAGCACAAGCUCUUUAACAACUGAGCUGAGCAUAGGCGGAAAUAAAUUCAAUUUUUUUCAGGACUUUGAAACAUUUACUCAUAACGCUGAUUAUAUUGAUCCUUUACUAGGCUGUGGGCAAUCACUAUUCCUGAUAAUAGGAGCAGCUGCUAGUUUGAUCUCAAAGAUACGAAAGGCAAGGAAAGUUGAGUUUGAAAAAAAAGAGAAGCAAUUCUUCUCAAGAAAUUCUUUGCCCACAAUUACAGCAGCCUCAAAUUUAAAGCAGCAGCUAAUGGAUUGGAAACCCACAAUCACCUCAUCGAUGCUAGGCAAUGGGCUUAAUGAAGAUAACAAUUCUACGUGGGACAUUUCUUCCUGUAUUGCUACGGCAGAAGCUUAUAGAUAUGCUACAUUGUUAUUUUUGCAUCAGGCAGUUCCAGAGAUACCUUCACUUUCCUCACACGAGUUAGCUGAAAAAAUCUUCAUUCUAUUGGCCUCUAUACCAACAUCAUCACACUUGUAUGUGAUUCAUAUUUUUCCCUUGUUAGUGAGCUCCUGCGAAGCCGACGCUGGCGAAGAACGUGAAUGGUGCGAGUCUAGGUGGAAGGUCUUAUCAGAAAGAUUAUGGAUUGGGAACGUUGAUAGGGCACUAGAAGUCGUUAAAGAAGUAUGGAAGCGUAGAGAUGAGCAUGGAAGAAGACAUGAACGUAGCGAACGCCGUGAUGGAAAGCUAACUAAAGGAGACCCUAAACUAAAAAAUAUUUGCAGCCAGAUUAGUGGCUUGAUGGCAGUGAUAAAUAGCGAUAAUUUAGAUCCCAACGAUGACAUUUAUGGAAGUAUAAACUCUAAGCUUCAUUGGAGUACUGUGAUGAGAGAGUGGGGCUGGGAAGUUUUAUUAGGAUGA